UAGCUGGGAGCGUCACUCGGAGGCGGCAGCAGCGAUGGUAGGGGAGGAACCGGGGGACAGCGAAUUCUCGGACGCGGAGGCGGCCCCGGGAGGGGAGGAGAACGCGCCGGUUUAUUGCGUGUGCCGCAAGCCGGACAUCAACUGCUUCAUGAUCGGCUGCGACAACUGCAACGAGUGGUUCCAUGGGGACUGCAUCAACAUCACCGAGCGCAUGGCCAAGGCCAUCCGAGAGUGGUACUGCCGGCAGUGCCGCGAGAAGGACCCAUCCCUGGAGAUCCGGUACCGGCACAAGAAGUGGCGGGAGAAGGAGCACGAGGGGGCCAAGGGGCAGGAGCUGGAGCAGGGCCGGGCUGCCAAGAUCAAGCGCUCGGCCCGCAUGUGUGGCGAGUGCGAGGCGUGCCGGCGCCCCGAGGACUGCGGGCAGUGCGACUUCUGCCGGGACAUGAAGAAAUUCGGGGGCCCCAACAAGAUCCGCCAGAAGUGCCGGCUGCGGCAGUGCCAGCUGCGGGCGCGGGAGUCCUACAAGUACUUCCCCACCUCGGUGAGUCCCUGGGACCCUGGGGGAGGGGAAAGGGGGACCCCAGACCCUUCCUUGCUGACCCCCCCCCCCAGCUGGCCCGGGGGCGUGAGGGGACCUGGAGCUGCUGAAGGCGCAGCUGGGGGGGCCGGGCCCCCCGAGAGCCUCUCGGAUGAGGAGCUGCCCCUCGACCCCCGGCUCUACCAGGAGCUCUGCGGCGCCUUCGACGAGCACGGCCUGCCCUGGCUCAGUGACGCCGAGGACGCGCCGUUCCUGGACCCCGUCCUGCGCAAACGCGGCCGUGAAGGUCAACACGUCAAACGCCGCGAGAAGAAGUCGGACAAGAAGAAGGAGGAGCGCUACAAGCGGCACCAGCAGCGACGGCGCUGGCACCGCGAGCGCCGCGGGCACCCCGAGCGCGCCGACGCCCGCGAACCCGCGGGGCUGGGCCAGUGCCUGGGCCCCGGCUGCACCCGCCCCGCCCGCCCGCCCUCCAAGUACUGCAGCGAGGCCUGCGGCAUCAACUGGCUGCCAGUGAGUACCCACCACCGGAUCUACGAGAUCCUGCCGCAGCGGAUCCAGCAGUGGCAGCAGAGCCCGUGCGUGGCGGAGGAGCACGGCAAGCGGCUGCUGGAGCGCAUCCGGCGCGAGCAGCACCAGGCGCGGCUGCGGCUGCAGGAGAUGGAGCGGCGCUUCCACGAGCUCGAGGGGCUCAUCGCCCGCGCCAAGGGGCACCCGCCCCGCGAGGACGAGGAGAGCACGGAGGGGGACAGCGAGGACACGGACCUGCAGAUCUUCUGCGUGUCCUGUGGCCACCCCAUCAACCCCAAGGUGGCCCUGAGGCACAUGGAGCGCUGCUACGCCAAGUACGAGAGCCAAACGUCCUUCGGGUCCAUGUACCCCACCCGCAUCGAGGGGGCCACCCGGCUGUUCUGUGACGUUUACAACCCCCAGAGCAAAACCUACUGCAAGAGGCUGCAGGUGCUGUGCCCCGAGCACUCCCGGGACCCCAAGGUGCCCGCGGACGAGGUGUGCGGGUGCCCUCUGGUGCGCGACGUCUUCGAGCUGACCGGGGACUUCUGCCGUCCCAAGCGCAAGUGCCACCGUCACUACUGCUGGGAGAAGCUGCGCCGCGCCGAGGUGGACCUGGAGCGCGUCCGCGUGUGGUACAAGCUGGACGAGCUGUUCGAGCAGGAGCGCAAUGUGCGGGCGGCCAUGACGAACCGGGCGGGGCUGCUGGCGCUGAUGCUGCACCAAACCAUCCAGCACGACCCUCUGACCACGGACCUGCGCUCGGACCGCUGACCAGGGCCUGCCUCAGACCACUGACCACCCCUGGAGCCCCCAAACCCCCCCCAGACCCCUCCCCACAUCCCCCCACCCCUGGUUCCUGGGUGCUCCCCCAUCCCCAAAUAAACUGGGUGUGCAAAUGGA